ACGGGGUGCAGGGAAGGGGGAGUGUGGCCUUGCACAGGGGCCAGCAGCCCCUGUUCUGCUGCAGGAGUGACACUGGCAAGAAGGAUCCGCGGCAAGGAGGGGAGCAUCACCCACCUCCCCAGGAGAAAAGGCAAGUAGAAGACAGAGACCAUGGUUGUGGUGAGGUUUCCCUCUAAGGGAUGCAGAAGAGCCCUUGCUGCCCAGGCACUGGAGCUGCUGGCUUAGACCUCAUCAGGGGAUGGCGAGCCACAUGAGGCUGAACACCACGGACAGCCUAGAGCCACUCUCUGUCUCCGAGCAGUCCAUCACCCAGGAGGUGGUGGGCCUCCUCUGCAUGGUCCUGCUCACCCUCACAGCCCUGGUGGCCAACACUGUGGUGAUGGUCGUCAUUCUCAAAACUCCCCUUCUCAGGAAGUUCAUCUUUGUCUGCCACCUCUGUGUGGUCGACCUCCUCUCUGCCAUUUUCCUCAUGCCCCUGGGGAUCAUCUCCAGCUCCUCCUGCUUCAACAAGGUGAUCUACAGCAUUUCUGAGUGCCAGGCCUUGAUAUUCCUGAAUGUUUGCUUCAUCAGUGCUUCCAUCCUCACUAUAUCCAUCAUCAGUGUGGAGCGGUACUACUACAUCGUCCACCCCAUGAGGUAUGAGGUCAAGAUGACCGUCAGGCUUGCGGUGGCUGGAGUGAUCUUCAUUUGGGUCAAGUCUGUUCUCAUCACUGUCUUGGCACUUGUGGGCUGGCCUCAAGGCAAUGGGGCCACCAGCGCCAGCCGCUGUACAGUCUACUGGAGCCCUGGGGCCCACAAGAAGGUUUUUGUGAUCAUCUUCAGCAUCGUCUGCUUUGUUCUGCCCACCAUCAUCAUCUUUGCUGUCUAUUGUAGUGUCUAUCGUGUGGCCCGGAUAGCAUCCCUGCAGCACGUGCCCGUGCCAGCACAGGCAGUUGUGCCAAGACACCGAUCUGACUCCAUUGCCAGCCAAGUGACCAUCAUCACUACCAGGAACCUGCCGCUGCCCAGGCUGGUGCCAGAGCGCCUUUUGGGAGGCAACAAGGCCAUCCUCACCUUGGUCCUCAUUGUGGGACAGUUCUUGUGCUGCUGGCUGCCCUUCUUCGCUUUCCACCUGCACUCCUCUGUUACUGCUGGAACAGUGGGUGGUGGACAUGGGGAGAUGGUGGUCACCUGGAUUGCCUACUCCUCUUUUGCCAUCAAUCCCUUCUUCUAUGGGCUGCUGAAUCGCCAGAUCCGGGAGGAGCUGGCCCGACUCCGGCGCAGCUGUCUCAACCGGCCACUGGGCCAAGAGCUCUGUCUUUCUGUCUCAGAGGCUUCUGUUCAGGAAAACUUCUUGCAGUUCCUCCAGAGAGCAACCUGCACGCUGGAGACCCACACCAGCUGCAUCAGCCCCAGCCCCAGGAACAGGCUGGACCAGACCAAAAUGGGCUUCCCCAUCCCGGGUCAAGUUCCUGAAGAGAGCAGUUGAGAAGCAGGAGGCCCUAUCCCACCAUAAUGGGUAGGAGGGUGGGCAGGGGACCUGCCAGGAAACCAUCAGACCCAGCCUCUUGGAUUUGGAGGGAUCCUUGUUCAGGUUUUGACUCUUCUCUGAGCUUAUGGUGGUGAUGGUUUCUCCAUCCAGUAGAAGGCGGCAGAUCUGGGGAAGCCUCAUGUCCCUUCUGCAGACUGGGAUUGUCUCUGGCUACACCAGCAGAGCCCAGUUUCAUGGAUGGGCUCUCCUUGGGACACAGGAUGCCAAGGGGCUCUUACAUGGGGGCAGAGGAGGGGGCACUUCCAUCUCCACCACCCCACUGGGACCACUCGUGGCCAGUGGGCAAGAGCAGAUGUCCCUUGCACCCUACCCAGGAGCAAUGCCCCAGCUAACACCACUAACACCAGUAAUACCAGGGCCUCAAGCACCCUGUUGAGCCUGGACAGCUGAUGUGGAGUCCUCCAUCUUUGGCUGUUUAACCCAAAACUAAUGUCUGGGUGGAGGAGCUCCUGUCACCCAUGGUACUUAUUGGGGGAUGGCACCCACAGGGCUGGAUCUGGUCGUGUCUGUGUUUCUCCUGCUGGCGUGACAGCAUGCAAUGCCCGUGGCCAUGCCCGGCUGUGCCCUCUGUCCCCCUGAGCUGGCAGGGGCUGCCCCUCCAUGGGGGACGCUGGCUGGCUGGGGGUCCGUGCUGGGCUGUUUAUGGACACAGCUGCCCAGUUGAAGCCCAGCCAGUGGUGUCAUGUGCCAGCCAAACUGGGCUUCUGGCCAGGGGUGCACUGGAGUGGCACAGGGUGGCGGGGAAGGGGCCAUGCAGGCUGCCCCCAUGCAGCAGCCAGAGGGGACUGAGAGCUGCUGUCCCCCUUUUUUGUCUCAUUGCUUCUGCAGGGUGUGGGAACCCUCCCAUAGGGUCCCCAGUACAAGAAAAGGAACUGGACCCUGUUGGGGGAUGCUGGAGGGGUAGAUCACCCUCAGCCCACCCACAAAGGUGCCAGGGAUGGUGCUGGCACAGUGGGUUGGAGAUGCCCCUGCCCCAAUAAUAAAUGGGGGUGCUGCAGGAGAACUGCCCCACGGCCUCUCAAACUGCCCCAUGGCAAGGAGGGGGCUCUAGGAAGAGCCCCAGAGAUAUAGGGGCUGAGUGCCAGCACCCCCCUGGCCACAGGGAUGUCCCUCUGGCCACCACCCUGUGUCUCUAGGAGCUGAGGCUGCCCCUUGUGUGUGGGGGUGUCCCCACCCAGGGUGGGGGAUAUUUUUUUUCUUGUAAAUUUUAUCUUUUUAUUAAACCAUUGAUAAGUUACAAAGGAGGAAAAAAUAUAGACUUAUAUAUACAGCAUUUCCAAGCCAGCAGGGACUGACUCUUGGAUGGGGUUGCUGGGAGGCGAUUGCCCCAGGGUGGUCUGGGGAGGGCCCCCCACCAGAGCCAGGGGAAGGAGGACCCCCAGAGAGGCCAGGCAGCCCCUCAUCCAGCAGGACCCGGCUUUUGGGUGCC